AGUCCGUGCAGUCGUGUUGGCCGGAGUGAAAAGCGUCGAGGAAAACUUGCAAAACAAAAAAAAUAAACAGAACAGAGCAGAGAAAAUAGAUAUACAAAUAGAAAUAGAAAUAGAGAAAAGUAAAUAAGCAAACAAGUGCAGUUUCGCUGGGAGAGUGUCGAGGAAAAGGGAGAUUAAUCCCCCGGAUCUAGCAUAGAUAUACCUAGAUACCUACAUUUUGGUGGUCCCAACACAAAAAGCACGGAGUGCUGAAAAAGCUGAGCAGCCACAACCCGAAGUAGCCACAACCAUGUCGACGUUGCCCUUCCUGCUGAGCGUCGCCGACGAGCUGGACAACAUACACUCGCAGUCCUACAUGGACGACUUUGGCCUGGGCUUCCAUCCGCACCGGCAGUACUACCGCACUCCGACCAUCCAGCUGUCCCUACCCGCCAGCACCGACUGGACGGGAUCGGGCAGGGAUUGGUCGGGCCAUGCGGCUGUGGGCAAUCGGCACAGUCGCUAUCGCAGCUACAAGUUCUACGAUGACUCACAGAACAAUCUGGAGGAGGAGGAGCAGCCGGCGGAGGAGCCAAUGCAGCAGUUGCCCAUGGAGCAGGUGGAGUUGCCACAGCAGCUGGUCCAGCAGGACAACCAGACGAUAUCGCAGGGCCAGCAGCCAUCGAGUGGAUCGGCCACAUCCGCUCCAGCUCGCCAGGGACUGGGCAUGGUCAACUCGCAUUCCCACGAUGUGGGCGUGGGCGGAAUGGGUCUGAAUCUGAAGGCUGGCGAGGAGGAGGACGACGAGAACAUCGAUCGCACGGUGCGCAUGUAUAAUUUGUCCAAGAAGUGCUGCAAGAACUACUAUCGCCACGCCCUGGAGACCGGACCCGGCGCCAGUGGCAAGAUGAAGUGCAGCAAUCUGCGCUCCGAGAGCCACAAGUCCAGCUCCAGCUCGGAGGAGAGCCUCCAGAAGAUACCCUCGCCCAUUGAGUUCCUCACCUGCUUCCUGGUGAAGAAGUCGCGCACCCCCAAGGCCAGUGUGCCCGUGGGCCAGCCGCUGAAGAAGACAUAGAACUCGGCCCGGCUGCUGCCAGCAGCGAUGUCCGCCAGGACCAGCGUCACCAUCAGCUCCACGGCCACCACCAGUGGAGCCGUGACCAAUGCCACCAUGGACUCGGACACGACCACAUCGAAGCGGCGGAGCAACUGCUUCUGAAUGUUGGCCGGAGUCGGAGUCGUCUGUGGCCAGGCCUGGAGUUGGCUCCAGCGGUGCGGGGAGCUGCCCAGCUCGGAGCCCGCCUCCUUGCCGGCGACGCGCCUGGGCAGGAUCACCUACUAGGCCCUCGCCUCGUCGUCCGACUCCGAUUCGCUGUCAGGGGUGCAUGUUUGGUAUAUGUAUAUGAUUUGGCACUGGUACAACCUCUGGCUUGAGUGUUGAAGUUAAUGGAUUUUAUCGAAAAGGAUUUUGAAAGGUUAGCGAUAUCGAUUUGCACUGAAACGGGGCUUUCCAUUCGCAAUUAUAAUUACAUUUUAAAUUACCUACACGUAAAUUAAAUCUAAAUAAAGCCCUAGAGGCUUUUAGGGACUUUACCUUUCCAGCAAAGUGACUCUUACAUUUUGUAUUCAACCUUGAAACCAAAAAUUGCAUUUAACGCGAAUAUAUAUCUAUAGGUAUGUAAAUCAAUUAAUUUGGAAUGCGUUUUUGUGCAAUAUCUAUCAAUGCUCUCAUUAUUUUGUUCCAAGAAUAUUUCCAAAAUAUACCGAGCUUUCUGUUUAUUAAACACGAUUCCAUUGAAAACCCCGUGUAAGCGAUUUCUCAGUGCAAACAUUCCCUAACCACAAUUUGCAAGCAACUACAGGCCAAAGCAAAUCGAAGCUUAUAACAACAAAUAAUAAUAUUAACAAGAACUAUACUUACAAGUAUAGGAAAUUUAAAGUAUGAAAUAUAAAUAAAAAUAAACUAUUCAACCAACACCGAAAAAACUUUUUUGCAAACCAAAUACACAAAAUUUUUAAAGCCAGAUUUAUACCAAAAUAAGAAGAUACCAAUAAUUUGUUAAGCAAACAUUUUUUAUACGAUUUUUUGAUACCAAGGAAAAGAUAUAACUUAUACAUGGAUAUUAUAUUAAUACUGGGAAGUUUAAUUAAAUCAAGGAAGGGAAAUUCAAGCUGAACCAAUACUUUGGGCAAUACCUAUGGUUCCAUUUUAGUUUUUGGUAUUGUUUAACAAAAGAGGUAUAAUACUUUCAGGGAAACUUUUAUAAACACCUAUUGCCAUUUUAAUCAUUUAUUUCCUAACGAAAUUUGUCCCAAUUUGUAUCUCCCUACAGGUAUUGGUUGAGUUUGGAAUUCCUCACAAUUUUAUAAAAGCUGUUAGCUGUUUUAAGCCAAAUAAAUUGCGGGCUAAUUCAAUAGGUCUUCUGACACACACACACACACAAAACACAAAUAAUAACCCAAUAGCAAUGUUUCAUUUUCACACAAAGA